GUUGCUGUUUCUUUCUUUCUUUCUUUCUUUCUUUCUUUCUUUCUUUUUUUUGAAAAAUAACGACGUCUCUGAGGCGCGAAUUCCGACAGUGAGAGGAACGGCUGGAUACAGGAGACGGGAAGAAACAAGCCGAUUAUGUUCGCUUUAAUUAAGUGGUUGGAAGAUGUAAAAUUCUCAAUUCUGCCAACUGAACAUAUACGAGAUUUUAAUGAGGAUGAAUAAUUAGCCGGCAUGGAGGAAACGGACCUUUAUUUGGUGGAGUGGCGACAAGAAGCCAAAAGGCGGGUGGCCGGUCUAUGAAGCCUCCAUCAUCAAGCUAGCAGAAAUCCCACCUGUCCUUCUGGCUACAGAGUACUUACCAAGCCCAUGAAAUCGAAUGCAGAUCUUCCUGAUGUGAGAUUUACAUAAAUGUAAGUAAUUUUGUUUGUCAUUGUCAUUAAUGUUGUUGCUGUUGUUGUUUUUGUGCAGUUUGCAAUCAUAUAAACCUAGCAAGCAUCAGUCAGCACAGUGACUAACCUAAACUGAUUCUUGCUUUAUUCACAUAUAUUAUAUGUAAUUAUAUAUACCUGCACAUUGUACCUUGGGUUGCAGCCACUUGGCCCCACCCCAUUGUUGUGACAGCCCUGAUUGUACUUAUACACUGCAUCUGAACAGGGAACAGUCUGCCACAUUAAUGUAUUUUUAAGUGACUUAUUUGUAAUACAUGAAUUUGUUUCUUACAGAUGUCAAAGUCUCAACGUCAUGCUGCCCUCCCCCAUCCUCCUAAACCUGUGGAUACAAAUGCAGAUUUCCUUAAUGUUCAAUGGUGCGUGUUCUUCUAAUGGCCGCCUUCCCACUGGAGGUUUUGAUCCACAGCAAUUUAAAAGGAGGACAGAGCAAAACGGACAUCGGCACAGAGCGAAGAACUGCCCUUCAUAAGGACACUAUGACAGCCAUAUAUAUGGCGGUAAGGAAGAGGUUUCCCAAUGUGUCCAGAAGGGCUUUGAGGAUUGCAGUGAAAGCUGGGGGAACUGAGACUGCUGGAAAAGGAAAAGAAAUUACAUUUUAAACAUGUCGACCAAGGUUGCAGUGGUUACUGGCAGUAACAAAGGCAUCGGUCUGGCCAUCGUCCGAGCGCUCUGCAAGCAGUUCAGUGGAGACGUUUACGUCACCUCCAGAGACGUAGGUCGGGGUGAGGCAGCAGUGAAGACUCUGAACUCAGAGGGACUGAAACCCAAGUUUCACCAGCUGGACAUCAAUGACGUGAACAGCAUUAAAACUGCUGCUGCCUACUUUAAAGGGAAGUAUGAUGGAGUGGACAUUCUCAUCAAUAAUGCUGGAAUAGCAUUCAAAGCGGCAGACACAACUCCAUUUGGUGACCAGGCAGAGGUGACCCUGAGGACAAACUUCUUUGCCACCAGAGACAUGUCGACUCACUUCUUGCCACUCGUCAAAGCUGGAGGGCGUGUGGUGAACGUCUCCAGCAUGCUUAGUGCCAGCGGUUUGAAACAGUGCAGCCCAGAACUCCAGCAACGUUUCCACAGUGAGGACAUCACAGAGGACGAGCUGGUGGCACUGAUGCAACGAUUUGUUGAUGAGGCCAAGAAAGGCGAACACAAGCAAGGCGGCUGGCCUGAUAUGUCGUAUGCAGUAUCCAAAAUUGGAGUGACGGUGCUAUCCAUGAUUCAUGCUCGUCGCGUGUCUAAGGAGAGACCAAAAGAUGGGAUCUUGAUUAAUGCCUGCUGUCCAGGGUGGGUACGCACGGAGAUCGCUGCGCCAGGUGCCCCAAAGUCACCAGACGAGGGCGCCAUAACACCAGUCUACCUGGCCCUGCUUGCCCCCGGAGCCACCGAGCCUCAUGGAAAGUAUGUCUCUGAUAAGGAAGUUCAGCCAUGGUGAUAGAAAGUUGUUCUAAAUAAAUGACAGUUUUCAUCAGCUGAUGUUUUAACAAGUGAAAAGUAAACUUGCUGUUUC